AUGGCUCUUCCUACUGAGUGCGACGUGCUUGUUGUUGGCAGCGGCAAUGCCGGUUUCUCAGCUGCGAUAUCAGCUGCUCAGUCGGGAGCAAAGCGAGUUGUCUUAAUUGACAAAUGUCCCCAGGAGUGGGCGGGGGGGAAUUCCUAUUUUACCGCCGGUGCCUUUCGAACGGUUUUCUAUGGUCUACAAGACCUCCUUCCAAUUGUGAAUAACGUGGAUCAAGACACCGCAAGCAUCAUCGAUAUGGAACCCUACACGCCCGAGGACUUCUCCGAUGAUAUGUCGCGUAUUUCCGCUGGAAGAGGGGACCCCCAUCUUAGCCGCGUGCUGGUUCAAGACUCCAAUUCUGCUGUGAAAUGGCUUGCGCAAAACGGGGUAAGAUUCCAGCUGUCAUUCAACCGGCAGGCAUAUAAGGUGGAUGGCCGGUACAAAUUUUGGGGAGGUAUGUCGCUGAAGACGGAGGACGGGGGUAAAGGGCUCAUUCGUGACCAUCAGAUGGCUGCUGACCGCCACGGGAUUCUGGUUGUAUAUUCGACUGCUGCCAAAAGAUUAAUCCAGGAUCAAACUACGGGAGCCAUUUGCGGCUUGGCUGUUGAGCAUGGAGGACAGGAGAAGAUUAUCAAAACGCCAGCAGUAAUCCUUGCGGCUGGCGGUUUUGAAGCUAAUCCUCGCAUGAGAGCGCAGUAUCUUGGACCUGGAUGGGAUAUGGCAUUGGUCCGCGGCACCCCCUACAACGUUGGCGACUGUCUUGAGAUGGCUAUACGAGAUGUAUCCGCCAAGCAAGCUGGCAACUGGUCGGGGUGUCACGCUGUAGCCUGGGAUGCCAAUGCUGCUGCCCACUCCGGUGAUCGGCAGGUAUCCAACGAAUUUACCAAAUCAGGUUAUCCCUUAGGUAUCAUGGUAAACUUGAACGGUGAGCGGUUCGUCGACGAAGGAAUAGAUCUGCGAAAUUAUACAUACGCCCGCUUCGGAAAAGCUAUCCUCGCUCAACCGGACCUCGUUGCAUUCCAAAUCUGGGAUCAAAAGAUGAUCCCCUGGCUCCGCAAAGAGGAAUAUCGAAAGGAAAGAGUUCACCAUAUCACGGCAAAUUCGGUUGCGGAACUGGCAGAAAAGUGCUCUCAACAUGGACUACAGAACAAGGAGAAGUUUAUCGCUACCCUCACGAAUUUCAACACGGCAGUUUAUCAGCACAGAAAGGAGAACCCUGCUGUAAAAUGGAAUCCGGCUGUGAAGGACGGCUUAUCAACUCAAUCCAAGAGUUUAUAUCUCGAUCUCGCAAAGUCAAAUUGGGCCCUGCCUAUUGACCAAGCCCCUUUUCUCGCUGUCAAAGUCUCUUGUGGAAUCACGUUUACCUUUGGCGGACUUGCUGUGAAUCCGGAGACAGCAGGAGUUAUAUCUUGUAUCUCCAACAAGGAGGUCCCAGGCCUUUACUGUGCAGGCGAAAUGCUGGGUGGCUUGUUCUACGGAAACUAUCCCGGCGGGAGCGGAUUAACGGCCGGAGCGGUGUUUGGACGAAGAGCUGGUGCAGCAGCGGCAGCAGUUACUGCGUCCAGCACUUCAGUGAAGCUCGGAUGUCUGUAG